CAAUAGGAGGGCACGUUUCCCCUCCUUACGUCACUAGGUGAAAGGGUACGAACAUGGUGGCGUUGCGGACGUAAACAGACCGGGCUGAUAGAGGACAGGUGAGGACAGGUAUGAGGCUUCUAUCGAGGGCGGUGCGGGCCGCUGCGGGGCAGAGGGACUGGACCCGCAGACACUUCUGGGGCUGGCUCAAUGCAGUCUUUAACAAGGUGGACUACGAGAGGAUCAAAGCUGUCGGCCCGGACCGAGCCGCGGCAGAGUGGCUGCUGAGAUGCGGUGCCAAAGUGAGGUUUCAAGGUUUCGAACGCUGGCAACACGACUACAACGCGCUGCCAACUGGGCCUCUGGGCAGAUACAAGAUCCAGGCCAUCGACGCCACUGAAUCGUGCAUCAUGUACAGAGGGUUUGACCACCUGGAUGGUUUGAAACAUUUGGAGGAAAUCAAGCUCAACAAGUGUAUCUACAUCGAGGACGCGUGCCUGGAGAGGCUGAGCUCCAUAGAGAAUCUGCAGGAGUCUCUGUACAUGAUGGAGGUGGUGUCGUGUGGAAACGUGACCGACAAAGGCAUCAUCGCCCUGCACAAACUCAGGAAUCUGGAGUAUCUGUUUCUCUGUGAUCUUCCCGGGAUUAAUGACAAACAGAAGACGGUGGAGAGACUGCAGACUGCACUGCCACGCCUGGAGAUAGCGCUGGACCUGCAGUGACUGAGAAAUCCUGUUUUAAAUAUGUUGUCGAAGGUUUUCAAAGUAAAAGAUGCUGAAGAAAGGAGCGUAGAUCCUUCAGCUCGGACGUUAAGCAUCGUUACUCGUGUAUCAUUAAGUUAAAUGUGAGGUCUGACUUCAUGCUCGAAGUAUAACCAAGCUUUAAAGAAAGAGAGAAGCGUUCGAGUUUCUCUUGAUAGAACAAACUAUUUUUUUUUUUAGUUUAUUAUAUUUUCAACAUUUAAAAGGUAACAAAGGUUACUCCACUUACACAGAGAGAGAACAGUGUGAAAUGUUAUGUUUCAAAUCAUUUCCCUUUUUUAGAUUAAUUUGGCAUUUGUAACAAUAUCUGAGGACAGACAGAUGGCUGUGAACAUCCUUAGCACCAAAGUUCCAGAGACAGUGAGUACAAUGUGGACUUGUUACUGCUGUAUGCUAAUAAAUGUGGGAAUGUAUUCACUCCUGACGUCAAUAAAUAUUUAAGAAAUGCUCCAAAAAAACAAAAAAAAAAGUUUGCGUCCUACAUUAUAACUUAACGCGAGACAAUUAAACAAUAAAACUCUCUAACAGCGA